AUGAUGUCACAUCCCUCGUGAGCCCUACAGUCACCCAAGGAUCAUCCUCCGCCGCCGUCAACGAUCUCGAUCUCCGGCGCCUCUUGAAUGCAGAUGCAGGGGCAGGGCCAGCCAAGUGACAUGGAAAGAAGAGAAGGGGGUUGCUAAUGCUAGCUGUACCCUACUAACAUAAGCAAAGCUGUGGUGGUUGCUUAAUUUGGUAGCCAGCUAAUAAAUCCCUCUCUCUCUCUCUUUCCCUUCUCUUCGAUAUAUACCAGCCAAGAAGAAAAAAGGACAAGAAAAGAUGAAAGCUCUUUCAGCGGCUUCUGGGUUCCUGGAGGAAUGCAUUGGGUGCGAGAGCUGUCUGGAUCUCAACACUCAUACCCAAGACCAUCUGCUUCAUCUCUUCCAGGCACCAGCAGCUCCAUCGAAUUGUGAUAUGGAUAAUCAUGCUGCGGAUAAGGAAGAGGAGAGAGCACAUGAUCAUAGCAGCGAUGACGUCAUUGACAGCCGCUGGAGUGCGAUGAAGGAGAAGAAGGCAUGGAAUUGGAAGGAGUAUCCGCCGCCAAUACCGUUGCUGGAAAGGAGGGACAAGUUGGCGUCAUGGGUGCUAAAGAGGCACUACACAAGCGACGGGAGGCUGGUUCUGACCGAGGACAAAGCGUGUACGUGGGGGCAACACCACUACUUUAGGGCACACAGAAGCAAGGGUCGCCUCACUCUCACUCUCCAC